CACACACACGCCAUAUUGUAUCGAUAUCGACACAGCACCCUAUCUGAUGUUUUAUCAGUACAGGGUUAUUAGCUGUUAUAGCCGCCUAAAAUAGAGCACUCUUUCUCUUCCGUAGUCAUCGAACUCCGCUAACUCCGCGUGCGUUUGCAGCGAACGCUCACGGCUGAAACGACGGCUAAAGAGGCGACAUCCGAGUAUCUGUCUGCUGCCCUGAGCCUGAAUGGCUGAACAAUCGCGGCCAGGAAGACCGGUUACCUGUGCUCGCUUUGGUGAUCUGAGUUACAGCGCAACUCCAUUCGUAGUUCUUGUUAUUUCUCUCAACAAUUACUUCACGACAAACGUGUACUCAACUAACAUUACUGAUAGAAGCUGACAAAAGUUUAUCAAUGUGCAUUGAGAUUGUGGCGUUCGGUUAGUAGUAUGGAAAAUUCAAGGGCAAACUUUGUAAAAAUGUGUAAAGUGAUAACUUUUGCUGCUUUUGCAGUAAUUGGUGCCCAUGGACAGUCAUGCUCGUCGUCGCUUGACGGAGAAGUGUAUCCCCAGGAGGCAAUCCGACGAGGAACACACAAUCUCGUUUGGAGUAAAGCACAAAUCUCAAAACCGGCGCCAAAUUUCAAAGCACCGGCGAUCGUCAAUGGCGAAAUAAAGGAGGUAAAGUUGAGCGACUACAGGGGCAAAUACGUCGUCUUCUUUUUCUAUCCCCUCGAUUUCACGUUCGUUUGCCCAACGGAGAUUGUCGCGUUUUCCGAUCGCAUAAAGGAGUUCCGUUCGAUUAACGCCGAGGUCAUUGCGUGUUCAGUUGAUUCUCAUUUUACUCAUUUGGCGUGGACAAAGACGGCUCGUGAAAAGGGAGGACUUGGCAAUGUCCAGAUCCCACUCUUGUCUGAUCUCUCUCACCAAAUCUCGAAGGAUUAUGGCGUAUAUCUAGAAGACCUUGGCCAUACUUUGCGCGGUUUAUUCAUCAUCGACGCUAACGGAAUUUUGCGACAGAUCACAAUGAAUGAUCUGCCUGUGGGAAGAUCGGUAGAUGAGACUCUGCGACUAGUACAGGCUUUUCAGUACACGGACAAGCAUGGAGAAGUUUGCCCCGCGGGAUGGAAACCCGGAAAGGAUACGAUUGUACCAAACCCCAACGAUAAGCUCAAGUACUUCCAGAAGCACACCACUGCCGAGCUUUGAAUUUUGUUAGUGAUAACCAGUUCUGCUUAAAUGAUUAAGAUUACUUUUACUAUUAUUCAUGCAUUGCGUCUUAUACGACCUCAACAUCAAUUGUAAACACCAAAAAUUUCGAUUAAAAAAUGUAAUGAAGCGAUGAUCUGACACGUUUCCAAAAUCACAGCGAGCAUUCAUUGUUGUUUACUUUAUUCAUCAUUACCAUAUUAUCUUAUAAUGGACAUUGAGACCCUGUAGAGUGGGGCUAAAGUAAAUAGUUGAGAAAUGUUUAUGUGAAUAAUAGACACUUCGUAUAUAUUUCGCUGUAUACCUAUUAGUAUACAUACGUGCAGGCAGGAACGCGCAUUUCGCCAUGAUUAUAAGGAUAAAAUGAUAAUAGCAUCCUUUCCGUAUGUGAGAUAAAAUAAUGAAAAAUACAAUAGAAGGGAGCGUCAAGUUACAAGAUGAACCGCCAUUUCGUUGCUAACAUAAAUUGGUUCUGUAGAAUUAUGGCUUCUCUAUGUACAUAAUACAUUGAACACACUAUAUCGCAUAUAUGCUAAAUCCGUUGAGUGUGAAAGUAUAUUAGUGUUUUCAAGAAAUGUUACUGGACGAUAUGUCGUUGAAAACAUUGGAAUUAUAAUUAUUGAUGGUUUCUUAUUGAAGCAUAUAAAAGAUAUGACGCACUUUGCCAUUACUCGGUACGAUCAUUAAUCAUAUCAUAUCCAAACAUGCGACUUUACCGAAAUCUCCGAGAUCCAGAGAGUGCAGUAUUUGAAGAAUAUACUGUAUGUUACAGUUCUGGCUAGAUUCUGUAUAACCUUAUACGUAGCAUCUUAUGGAUGACCAUAAUAACGAUGUGGGUGGGCAGCUAGUAAGUCGAUACUUAAAUAGUUAAAUCGAUAGUUAAAUCGGUAGAUUUUUACUGGCCACAUAUAGGCUCUUAUUAUGUUAAACAAUGCACAUAUAUGCGCUUUCAUACUUUAACCUCUGGUUUUUCGUUUCAAACUCUACUACAACCACUUAAGACAUAAUUAGGUGACCUCCUUUAAAAACCGUACCGGUAUGAUCUUUUCUAACGUGUUUGCCCUAUGACAAAAAUCUUCACAAUGACACAAAGUGAUUUCAAAAAUAAAGAGCGAAAUUCCAUAUUAAUGUACGAUCGAUACAC